AAUCCUGCUGAAAAAUGCCGCAUCCUGGUCGAAUUCCGAACCGAAUCCUGGAUUCAGUGCAGCACUAAUAGAAAGUUUCCUUAGAUUCUAAGACUGGCUUUAUGAACCUGCUUAGCUAAGUAACAACCUUCAUUAGAAACUGGAAGCAUAUCUAAUUGAUUUACAGAUUAUACCACGUCAGGCGUUGCUUUGAUUCCGGCUGAUCAUCUUGCUGUGCCCUGCAGAACAUUGGUAAAGUAGAGUGUAUCCUGGGGAUUUACAUCAAGUCUAGAUCAAGUAGUGAAGAACAGGAACCGGUUGGACAGCUCUGCUGCUCUAUAUAAGUCUUGCCUUGAAGGAUGUGCAGCAGAAAGGAACCUUCAAUUUCUGAGAAGAAAUCCAAUGACAAGGAGGCAAAAUGCUAAGAUACCUCAGCUUUUUACUGAUCUUCAUCCACAACCAAGUUUCAAUAGUUGCAAAGACGACAUCAGCCUGUGGUGUACCAGUGGUAUCAGAUCGCAUUGUUGGGGGGAUGGAUAGUAAGAAGGGAGAAUGGCCAUGGCAGAUAAGCCUGACCUACAAAAAUGAUUUUCUCUGCGGGGGAUCCCUUAUUGCAGACAGUUGGGUGUUGACUGCCGCUCACUGCUUUGAUUCGUUGGAGGCCUCAUACUAUAAUGUCUAUCUUGGGGCUCAUCAGCUGUCUGCCCUGGGCAAUUCUACAGUAACCAGAGGAGUGAAAAGGAUAAUAAAGCACCCAGAUUUCCAAUACGAGGGAUCCAGCGGGGACAUUGCUCUAAUUGAACUGGAGAAACCCGUCACGUUCACCCCUUACAUCUUGCCUGUCUGUCUUCCUUCCCACAAUGUUCAGUUUGCAGCGGGGUCUAUGUGCUGGGUGACUGGAUGGGGAAAUAUUCAAGCGGGAGCCCCUUUAAGCAGCCCCAAAACCCUUCAGAAGGCCGAAGUCGGUAUCAUAGACCGGUCAAGCUGUGAGACAAUGUACAAAUCCAGCUUGGGCUACAGCACUGGGGUUGACUUCAUUCAGAAGGACAUGGUGUGUGCUGGUUACAAGGAGGGACAGGUCGAUGCCUGCCAGGGAGACUCAGGUGGACCUCUUGUAUUCAAUGUCAACAAUGUCUGGCUUCAGCUCGGUAUUGUGAGCUGGGGUUUCGGCUGUGCAGAACCAGAUAGACCUGGUGUCUAUACCAAAGUCCAGUUUUACCAGGACUGGCUGAAAACCAAUGUGCCUUUACUUAUGUUCAGCGAAGGAGGACCAAGCGUUGGAUCAAGCGGUGUUGCCAGUACAACAAUGUCUGAAACUGAAUCCAUGACCAUGAGCAACAGCAUUGCUUUUAGCCUCAGCCCCUCUACCAUCUCCACUGUGUUGGGGGUAAAUGAAACUAAGACCAUAGAUAACGAGGCCCAAAUCCAUUCCUGCUCCCUGUUCACCGUAGCGCUAAACUUCUUCAUUUAUUUAUCUAUUAGAUUCUUUGCGUAAAUAAUUCUAAAAUGUGCCUCAACAAGGUCCGUAGAUCACCAGUUUAAUAAGUAUCACCUGGCUGUUUGGUGUGGGGUUCCUAGACCUGGGCACUAACACAUUUUUAAUCGCUCAUUAUAAUUCCUGAUUCAUGGCUGUUUAUGUAGGAGAAACGUUCAUCUCUGAUGGCUUUCACCGGCUCUUGUUAUUAAGGUGCUGGCACACGGGGAGAUUUAGUCGCCUGUGAUAAGUCUUCGCUACUGUGGGCGACUAAUCUCUCCAAAAUGCCGCCCGUAGUUGCCUCACAACUUAGUGAGGGGCGAAUUUCUCCCGCUUCGCUUCUGACGCUGGUGACAAUUGCGACGCCGGCGACAAUCCUGACACACAUUAAAGUCAAAGGGCACCUUUAAUUUGAAAAAUUUUGAAAAAUGUAUUUAAUUUGAAUUAUCACGGCAAUUUUGUGCCAUCGUAAACCUUUAUAAUAAGUGAAUGUAGAAUUGACGAUGAGGCUAUUCUAAGCACUUUUGUCAUUUACAUUCAUUAUUUAUUUUCUUUUAAUUCCAAGAUAUUAAGGGAUACAUGUACUGUUAAUAUGAAUGAAUUUUGUUACAACAGCACCACCUGCUGGUCAGUUUCCCACCAGUCUGACCACCAAGUAGUCAAGGAAGUUGUCAGGAGAAAGAAAGAGGCUGCUCUGAUGUUCUUCUGCUUAGGAAAGAUGUGAGAAAGGUUUCUAAUUUUAUUCCUAAGCAAAAGAAUCUCAGGGCAGACUCUCUCCUCUCUUUCUCUUUUUGACUUCGCUGAAAUUUGCAAAAAAAUUCCAAAACAUUGAAAAAUUUGGCCAGCAAUUUCUUUUUCUUGUGCAACAAUUUUUUUCUCACUCCAAAGUCAAUGGACGUAUUUCUUGUAGCGAUUUUUUUUAUCUUAGCAACUUUUUUGUCGAAAUGCAAUUUUUUCGCAAAUCCAAAUGCAUUAAAGGCAAUGGAUGUUUUUUCUUACGGUGACUUUUUUGUCUCAACGACAAUUUUUUUUUUUUGCGGAGAAAUUUUUGGCGGCAGAUUUUUGUCGCAGUUUCCUGAAACAAUUUGCAGAUGGCUCAUCGCUACUGUAAACCUGUUAUCCAUAAAGCUCCAAAUUACGGGAAGGCCAUCUUCCAUAUCAUCUAUCAUAAUAAAACAGUACCUUGUACUUCAUCCCAACUGAGGUCCUUAUUAAAUGCAAAACAAGCCUAUUGGGGUUACUUAAUGUUUAAAUGAUGUUUUAAUAGACUUAAGGUAUGAAGAUCCAAAUUAUAGAAAGAUCGGUCAUCCAGAAAACCCCAGGUCCCGAGCAUUCUGGAUACAGAAGCCCAAUACUUUUAUUGCAUACACCAACCCUGCAACCCUUGACUUGCAACAUUUUUAGCCCAAAUAACUAGUGAUGGACGAAUUUGUCUCGAAACGUGAAUUUUGACAGCCGCGUCAAUCCUGACACUUGCGUCAAUUUUGACGCCGGCGUUAAAGUCAAUGAGUGUCCGAUUAAUGUUGACAUACAACGGUUUUGACGCAAGCAACUUUCCGCCGAGCGUCCAAAAUGUUUUGACGUCGGUGAAUUUAGUUGCCUGCGGCGAAACGCGAAGGUUCACAGCAAAUUCGUGCCUGGCGAAUUAAUAACUAUUGGACUAUACACAGGCACCUUGUAUAGGCACAUACAGACCAAAAAUGUGUAUAUAUAUAUAUAUAUAUAUAUAUAUAUAUAUAUAUAUAUAUAUAUAUAUAUAUAUAUAUAUAUAUAUAUGUUCCUCCUUUUCUGGAUUAUAACGAACAUUAUAAAUAAAAUAUUAAUACUUCCAUUUUGUUAUAUAGUUUGUUAAUUUGUAAUUUCACCAUGGCUGUAAAAUGUGUCACUUCUCAUGUAAAGUGGACAGUUACCUGUAUGAGAUUCCGAGAUUUAAAUUGUUUGAAGAUUCUGUCAUGAUUUUUACGAUGUAAUUUUUAUUUCUAAAUGACACUGUUUACACUGCAAAUAAUUCACUCUACAAUAUAAAAUGUCAUUCCUGAA